AUGUUGGCCCUGAUCGCCUUGGUAAGAGACAACCGGGAUCACCAACGUGAUCAGGACAUUACAUAAUCAAACGAUUGAACUCGAUAGUUUCAAUAACUAUUUAAUCCGAUCGAUCACAGGGAUCUCAUAAUUCGAUUUUUUUUAUUUAAAUACUUGACAUUUUCUAAGGUAGGAUGUGGAGAUAUUGUGUGGCAGAAAAGUUCGUAUUCAAACACACGGCCUCAGUGUGCCCUCAGACUGAGCAGUGAGCUCGAGCAAGAUGUGUCAUCCUCAUUCAGGACGUUAAUCAAAUAGUAGAAUGCAGAUGAUUACGUUUUGAGGAGAAAUUCAUACAACUUGACAAAUAUAGGAAACCCUUUCCAAUUUAUUCCUUUCCACAAUAUGGGCACAUCAAGAUGAACACAGGAGCCAUUUACAGACCAGGCAACCAAGGGACCAUGGAAGAUCUGGACACCCAGGAGGGCCUGCAGGUGACCCAGUCCACUAUCCUCUACCUCAUCCAAGAAGCCUCCAAGCUAGCAACUCCCACCCCUGUCCACAACCGCUCCAUAGACUCAAAGCCUAAGACUUUACCCGUAUCAAAUGAAAGGUCUAAAAAGAAUCAAGUGUCUGAUCAUAGACCUUCUCCUCCUCAGCACAAUUCCUCUCUCAUGGGCCUUCAUAACCAGCCAAAAGAUGACUUAGAACAAUGUAAGAGACAUACAAACUCAGUCCUGCCCAGCCGUCAUAGUAGCAGCAGUCCGUGGGAGUUGAUGAGCCUGAUCAACAUGCAGUGUGAGAGACUCCUCCAGUCAGAUGACCAAGAGGGAACCUCCGCUAGGGCUCAGUUGGUUCCUAUAGACUCUGACGAUCAUCCACCUGAAGGUGUGGGGUACAGUAGGAACACUGUCCCUGUCUGCCCCACUCUAGUCAGUACCAGAGGGGAUUCUCCCCAUCCGCAUGUCGUGUCCAGGGGAGAGAUGGGGGAGUUGGGUGGCGGUGGUUAUUGCUCACCCACAAGUCCAGGUACCAGUUCUCAGACAUCACCGGAUGUCAAUGGUAGCAACAAAACUAAACCUGGUGUGGGAGCUUCAGACUCUGAGGUUGUAACGAACAAAGAAACGGGAGCCACGUUUUGUCUUAACGGUGAUGGAUUGUCUGUGAGUGAAGAAAGCAGAAAGGUCCCCUGUGCCUUAGUCCAAGACGACAACACAGUGAAGGAGGUCCGUCCUGAGGCAAAAGACGGGCUGUCAGUUAAACAUCCGUCUGUGUCAUAUAUAAACCUGUUUGGGCAAACGCUUGUCCACAAAGUAGCUACAAUUAAGGAUGCAGCAAGUCUGUCGCCUCCCUCCGUAGACACCAUGACAUGCUUACAUCCAGGCCCAGAAGAGCUGAACCUUAACAUGACCCUGGACUUCAACUCCAACAUAUGUUUUACCUUUGACCCCAAGGAAGACAUGCCACCAGCCCCAAACUCCUCUUAUAAUACUAUGUUGCUCAUAUUGAACAGUGAAGCAGGGUCUGUGAAUGUGAACGAAAAGUCAGUACAAGAUGGCAGUAUUGCAGGCGUCAAAGCGGAGCUCAACGAAAGCUCCAUGGAAGAGGACACAGACACAGUACAAGAUACCAGUAUUAUUACAGACUCUCCGUUGGACCUCACCCAAAGGUGCAAGGACUUGGAGGAUGACAUGGACACUAUCCCCACAGCCCCCCAGUCUCCCUCUCCAUCUAUCCCCAUGUGGAGGUCCACCAAGGCCCCCAGGAAGCAGCUCCGUCCCAGCCGGAGUGUGGAUGUUGGAGACCCAGACUUCCAGGGAGUGACGUUCCGGAUGCAGACGGAACUGGACGACAGCAGGGAGCAGUGUCGCCUUCUCAUCACCUCCAAGAAGUACAGUGAAGAGCUCUCUAGUGGUCCGACCAGGAGGUCACUGAGAGCAGGCAGGUCCCGUUCAUCCCAGAGUUCCAUGAGGACCAGCAGCUCUGAAGAGAGCGACCCCUCCUCCAAGAAUAAGAUCUGUGCCUCUUGCUGCACCAUGAAGACUCCUCUGUGGCGAGAUGCUGAGGAUGGUACCCCGCUGUGUAACGCCUGUGGAAUAAGGUAUAAGAAGUACAAGGUACGCUGUCUGCAGUGUUGGCACAUCCCUAGGAAGGAGGGCAACUCCAACUCGCGCUGCUUCAAAUGUGGAAACUUAUCACGGCUGGCUACGUCCCACCGCAAGCACUCUGCCUUGUAGGGGAAGGGAACACACUUAGGCCUUGGCAUGAGGUCCUAGACACUGAUACCACAGACA